AGUGGGCAACAGUGAUACGGUUACAUUGUCGUUGUCCAUUUUAAAUAAACCGUUCAUUGAAGGUGGCGUCGUUUUCGCAGUGAAAAUUUUGCAGUAGAUUAUAUUUAUAUACAUAAAGCGACAAAGCAAAUAUUGCUCAAUAAAUACUUAAGGUACUAAGCAAAUAUGACAUCCACCGAACUGAAAAUUGGCCUUAACAACUCGGCACGUCCAUCCAGUCGCGUUCUGAAGCCACCAGGCGGCGGACAUACCAACAUCUUUUCGGAACCCGAAGUAGCUGUAAAUGCCCCGCGUCCCAAAUACAACCAACAGAACUCUUCCAAUCUAAAUGCCUGCAUGGGCUCCACCGAUGUCAAUAAGGUGGUGGAAAAGAUCCGGGACGAGGUAGCCACCCAAAAGGAGGAACAAAAGCCUGCAGCCAGCCAGCCCAAAGAGAGCAGCAAUGGCAACAAAGCGACAAAUGAUCAGGCGCGUGGACGUGUUCCACCCGGCGGUUACUCAUCGGGUGGCUUCUGGUAGAGCAACGAACCAGAGGAGGAUGGGGUAGCUGUGUGGCUGCCACGCAUUUACUGACACUCACAUAUUCACACACACAAAAAUAUAGACACACACAUACAUACACACACGCCAAGACAUCCUCAACUUCAUUAUACAUUUAUAAAUAUAAAUCGCUUAAAAUAUACCUAUAUACAUAUUUAGCCUAUACACUCAUAUGCAUAUUCCAAAUUGGCUACAAUGCAAAAUGUUCAAACAGUUCUAAACAAGUUUAUUAAAUUCGUCGCUAAACUUUGUCUUUCUUCCGCUUCCUGAUUUUGAAUUUGAUUUAUGAUUUGUGUUUUACUAAGCAUACUAUUUUAUAUCGUCUAACGCAAUUGUUUAAGCAUCAAGUGCGAUUCCGCCCUAAUAAAAAAAAACUACUUAACAAAUUUA